AUGCUCUCCCGUCGGGCCCGAGAACAAAUUCCCCCGUCCGCAUUCAAUGUCAUGUGGGAAGUCAUGAAGGACCCGUGGGAUGCGUACGAGAACCCCUCCGGAUACGUGAAUGUGGGCGUAGCGGAGAAUCACCUGAUGCAGGCCGAGCUGGACGACUAUCUCUCUCAACACGUCGACAUGCGCGGCUCCGUCCUGACCUACCAGGACGGGCCCAUGGGCAGUCGCCGGCUGCGAGCCGCGCUGGCACGCUUCCUCAACCGCCAGCUGCGUCCGUACCGCGCGCUGGACGCGUCCCAAAUCAUCGUCACCAACGGCGUGUCCAACGCCCUCGAGCACACGUCGUGGGCCUUUGCCAACCCCGGGGACGCCUUCGUCCUGGGCCGCCCGUACUACGGGGCCGUCAACCUCGCGCUCCGGCCGCAGAUGCUCACGCUGCCCGUCGCGUUCGGCCAGGUAGACCCGCUGAGCUUGGAGGCCGUCGCGUGCUACGAGGAAGCCAUCGUCGCCGCGCGGCAGCAGGGCACCGCCGUCAGGGGGCUGUUGCUGUGCUCGCCGCACAAUCCGCUGGGCCAGUGCUACUCCCCCCAUGUCCUCGAGGCGUUCCUCAAGCUGUGCGACAGGCACCGGAUCCAUCUCGUCUGCGACGAGAUCUACGCCCUGUCCGUGUGGGCCGGGGCCCCUUUCACCUCGGUGAUUGCGCUCCGUCUCGAACAGUUCAUCGAUCCCGCCCUGGUCCACGUUCUCUGGGGAGUCUCCAAGGACUUUGGCGCCAACGGCUGGCGUCUGGGAUGCAUCAUCUCCCUCUCCAACCGGGCCUUCCACACGGCCAUGAACUCGGUCGCCAUAUACUCGUACGUCUCGUCCAUAACCGACCACGUCGUGACGCAGAUGAUGGAGGACGACGGCUUCGUCGACGGCUACCUGGCCGAAAAUCGGCGCCGCCUGGCGUCCAUGUACGCCUUUGCGACCGACUUCCUGCGGCGGCACGGGAUCCCCUACGCGCCCGGCGUCCACGCCGCCUUCUUCCUGUGGGUUGAUCUCGGCCAGGCGUAUCGUGAUCGGCACCCGGACCGGGCGGAGGAGCCGGGCGUGGUCGAGGAGCUGAAGCAGGCUUUGUGGGCGCACAAGGUCUACUUGGCCUGGGGGGGCAACUUUGACAGCGAAUCGCCCGGCAUGUUUCGCAUCGUGUUUGCGCAUCCCCGAGCCUACUUGGAGGAGGCUCUGCGGCGCAUCAACCAGGCCCUGGAGCGGGGAGUCCAAGCCGCGACUUGGACAAGCUCGCUCUUGUAA